GCAUAUGGAUUUAACAAAAUAUUUCUUUGAAUUUUCAGUGAUCAUAGUAAAAACGAAGUUACAAAAUCGAAAAAUCAGGUUUUUGUGUAAUUUAUUUAAUUACAAUGUGGCAUAAGGUUCAUCAUUUUAAAAGUAUUAAUAUAGAGGCCUAACUACUAGCUAAUCAAAAAAUCAUCAAUUAUUAUUUCACUGUAACUUCAAUUGUUAUUACCGCACCGCAAAAAUUUUCAAAACAUUAAAAACAUUUCAUUCAAAACUUCGUAAUUUGUGUGAAAUUACUCAAAAUGGACAGUGACAUGUCUGGCUUCACAGAAUUGCUUCAACAAGCUGAACAGUUAACAGCUGAUAUUGAUGGCGAAGGAGAACUACCUAGAGUAGAGAGAAAUUUACGUCAGAUUGUUGACGCUGGUCAGCAACUUUGGUCACGAACAACACAAGCUGUAAGCAAAGAUUCGUGUGACAUAAAAGCAUCCAUUUUGCUUGGCAGUAAAGGAUAUGAUUUGCCAAAAAUUAGCCAGAAAUUGGAGUCACUGACUGCUGCAAGAACAUUUGAACCCAUUGAACCUAUUCGUGAGACUGAUAUUCAGGGUUUCUUAAAGAAUGAGAGGGAGAAUGCCAUGCUGUCAGUGAUUGAGGAAUCAAAGAAAGCUACGUUUGCAAAAGCUGAUAAAGUUAUUUGGGAGACUCUACAAAGCGAAUGGGAACAAGAGAAAAUGAAAAUUUUAAAUGCUCUUCUUGGUCCAUCAAAUGAAUUAUUAGAUGUCACUCCAGAUAAUAAGUCCUUCAUGAGUGAAACUAUGAAUUUAAAUUCCCGUAGUACAAUGGAUAAUACUGAAAUGAUGUAUGCCAAAGAACUUUCAUUAUAUAAUGAACAGGUAGUAAGGGGAGGUAUCAAAUGUAACUUAGCAGAGAAAUUCCACUCGUACUUUAAAAACUUGGACGAUAAGAAAGUUGUGGAACUGUGGGAAAUGGUCAGAAUUAUGACUGACCUUCCAUUGAAAGCAGAUAAAGAUGUUCUCACAUCAAGGACAUCUUUACUAAUGAAAACUUCUCUGAUUAAACAGGCUCGCAAGUAUUUGGAAGAAAAAUACUUUGAGUUCAUUCAAGGAAUAGUUUAUGGGAAUUUAUUGCAGGCUGAAUUGGGAUCAAGACCUGGUGCAUAUUAUAACAUAAGAAGUUUCUUGAAAAUGAAAAUUCCAAUUCCACCUGCUGGUCUUGAAGAUGGUUUAAUUGAAGGUAACCCAGUAUGGGCUGUCCUCUAUUAUUGUUUGAGAUGUGGUAAAAUUGAUGCUGCCAUAGAUGCUGCAAGGAAUGCUGGGGAUUGCCUUAAGGAUUUUCUGCCUUUUCUAAUAGAGUAUGGAGAAAAUGAGGAGCACAGAUUAAGACCCAACAGUGAAAGUCAAGUCAAACUUCAGUAUCGGCGAACAGUUCGUUCCAGCCCUGAUCCAUUUAAAAGGGCUGUAUUUUGCUUACUUGGCCGCGUUACUGAUGAUAGUAACCCUGACGUAAUGGACAAGACAGAUGAUUAUUUGUGGAUGAAACUGUGUCUGUUACGUCCUGAUGAAGAAGAGACAGGCAAUGUGCCCCAAGAUUCGCUAACAUUUCCUCAACUUCAAUCACAGCUUUUAGAAGAAUAUGGUGAAUCACAUUUUAAUGCAUACAAUCAACCAUUCUUAUAUUUUCAAGUCUUAUUCCUUACUGCUCAGUUUGAAGCUGCUAUUGAGUUUUUAUUUAGGAUUGACUCACUAAGAUGCCAUGCUGUACAUAUAGCUAUUGUACUGUACGAACUUAAUUUGCUGGCUAUUCCUGCAAGUUGUAAUGCUCCUUUGUUGUCCAAAGAUGGUAAGGCUCCUAUGAGAAGAUUAAAUUUAUCGAGAUUGCUCACGAUGUACACAAAAAAAUUUGAAUCAACAGAUCCCAGAGAGGCAUUACAGUAUUUUUAUGUUCUUAGAGACUUAAAGAGCAACAGAGGUAUCAGUCUCUUUAUGGCUUGCAUCAGUGAACUAGUUUUGGAGACAAAGGAGUAUGAAAUGUUGCUGGGAAAAAUUGAGCCAGAUGGCUGUCGAAAACCAGGGGCAGUUGAUAAGUUUUUAACUGACACGCAAGCAAUAAUCGAAAUCGUUGCUACUGACAGUGAAAGCAAAGGACUUUAUGAAGAUGCUAUUAAACUUUAUGACCUAGCAAAAAAACAUGAAAAAGUCAUAGAAAUUUUAAAUAAGCUUAUGUCUCAAGUUACACCAGAAAUGAAUGUCCUUGGUUCAAAUAGGCAACGACUUGAAAACAUAGCUUUAAGUAUAGCUGAAAGGUACAAAAUUCAGGGACAUUCUGCAAAUCCAGAGACCUCAGCUACCUUUUUCCUUCUGCUCGAUCUCAUGUCAUUUUUUAAUUUUUAUCACAAAAAUCAACAUACUCAAGCAUUAGAUAUGAUAAAAGCUCUGAAACUCUUACCCUUUAACAAUCAGGAGGUGGAGCAAAAAGUAACUGCGUUUUCAACGUAUUCAGAAGAGGUGAGACGGAACUUUCCUGAUAUUCUUUUAGCCACUAUGAAUAUCCUUUAUGCUGAAUAUAAAAGGGCCAAGCAAUCAGGUACCAGCAAUCAAGAUUCCAGAUUUUUAAAUGAAAAUGCAAAUAAAGAAAAGUUCAUUUGUUUUUUGAGAACUCAAGCUUCAGCUCUUAUUACCUUUGCUGGAAUGAUUCCCUAUCGUAUGCCUGGUGAUACAAAUGCUAGACUUGUACAAAUAGAAGUAUUAAUGAUUUGAAAAAAGCAUUUUUUUAAAAUUUUUGUGUUAAUAAAUUUCUAUGUUUUGUA